CCUUAACACUGUUCUGUCAUUGGAUCAAGGAGCUGCUGCAACUGCAAUAGCACGAGGAUUUAUGGCCUUAUAUAACAAAAUAGAUAGCGAUGACGUAAAAGGUGAAUAUCUGGAAGAUUGGACGCAUUCUGGUGAAAUAGCUUCUAUACAUGUGCAAGAAAAGUUGGAAAAACUAAGCAGAGGCCCACUUUUAUGAGCGAGCAGGUACUUAGAUGCUCGGUAUGUUGGGAGGUCGAUGAGGCAGGCGUCAAGUGUGUAAACUCUACUUGCAGUCUAAAAAUAAACUACAGUUUUUCCAACCCAUACCCUCGCAGAUACAGCGCAUCGAUAUCGAAACCGGGUCAUUCGUAAGUCGAUCGGAUAAAUCUCAUGAGAGCGAGAACUAAGUGAUCGACCACGCGUGAGAUGUUUUCACAUAUCAAAAAGAUAAGAGCAACAAGACAGAAUCAACUUGCAGAAGCAGUUUGCCCUCCAAAAUCAUCCCCCAAAUUGAAUAUCCCAGUAGAAAUCUAGGAAGCUAGUUUGCUCUAGGGAGUCAUUCAAUUGAGUUACAAGACAAGACACCCCUAGAUUGUCAAUUUCGCUACAGGUCCUAUCAAAAUAUAAAAUCCUGAAGCGCCCAUACAGUAACUCAAGAACCUUCAACUGCAAAUAAAUCCAUAAUAAAUAAUAUAUCUAUAAAACAAGACGUAGGUAAUAUUAACAUUCCCUAAAGCUACUUAGUCGCAUUAAUUAUUACGAUGAUAAACAUUUUAAUGAAAGAACAUAAAAAAUAUGAAAAUACAAUAGAAAAAUAUAUCCUAAAAGCAAGUAACAAUUCCUAGACAUAUUUUAAUACUAGACUACGUGAAGUCAGACAUUCAACAAAGGGAAAACCGACGUCGACGUAAACGUAAAAUAUUAUAGCAGGCGCCACGCCCGCCCCACCACGUACAUAUCCCAGAGGGUGGAGAGGAGAACCUGGUGUCUCGGCGCAGUCGCCCGCCGCGUUUUAUGCAACCAGUCUUGCUUCGGAGCGAGAGACUCUGCUCCCUGGCCCUUGACAGCCUCGGCGUACUGCAGUGGCAUCCUAUCUUCGUUCUGCCGUCGGUCUCGAGGUGUCGAGCUGCUUUUAUAACAGGACCAUUCAGCGUCGUGCGGAAAUGCAUUCACCGUCAGACAGGUCAAACCUUCGCUGUAAAAAUCGUCGACGUGGCAAAAUUCACCUCCAGUCCAGGACUCAGUACCGCCGAUUUGAAACGCGAGGCCACAAUAUGUCAUAUGUUAAAGCAUCCUCACAUCGUGGAACUCUUGGAGACUUACAGUUCAGAGGGCAUGUUGUAUAUGGUUUUCGAAUACAUGGAUGGCUCCGACCUCUGCUUUGAAGUUGUCAGACGUGCAAGUGCUGGUUUCGUAUACAGCGAAGCAGUAGCCAGUCACUACAUGCGACAGAUCUUAGAAGCCUUACGUUACUGCCAUGAGAACGACAUAAUUCAUCGAGAUUUAAAGCCGCAAUGCGCCCUUCUCGCCGGGAAGGAAAAUUCAGCUCCCGUGAAGCUGCGCGGAUUUGGAGUCGCCGUGCAGCUUCCGGCGUCGCAGCCCAAUGGCGUCGGACUGACAUCUCCAAGCUGCAAUUUCCCUUUCGAGGACCUGACCGACGCUGAGGAUUCGCUAGUGAGCGACGCGGAGGACAACAUUGGUCGAGUCGGAUGUCCGCACUUCAUGGCACCGGAAGUGAUACAACGACGGCAAUAUGGAAAACCAGGAGACGUAUGGUCGGCUGGUGUACUUCUCCAUGUGUUACUGACUGGUACGCUACCAUUUAUUGGCUCCCGAGAUCGUCUGCGAGAAGCGAUUUGCCGAGGGCGCGUCCAGAUGGAAACGGCUAUUUGGGAUUCCAUCAGUGAAACUGCCAAGGAUCUGAUCCAAAGGAUGCUAACUACGGAUAUUAAUCACAGAAUCACUAUCCAAGAGGUGCUCAAUCACAAAUGGCUAAGAGAUCGUGACAAGGGUGCGGCACGUGUACAUUUAGCAGAGACUAUAGAGGAACUUAAGAAAUUUAAUGCCAGGCGAAAAUUGAAGGAUGCAGUAAUGGCAGCUGUCUCGUCACCAAAGUGGCAUGCUCCGUAUUCGGAGGCUAAUGGCGAUAGCUUUUCUGACGUAGGAGACGAUGAGGUCGUGACUACAGGUGCUGUAGCUGAAAUCGUCGAUUCUCUGGACGAUAUAGAAAUUCUACAAGAGAGCAGCAGAUUGCCACGAGGAGAAAUUAUUUCUACCGUUGAUGAUUUACGACUUCGAGCAAUAUUAGAGCUCUAUGACAGAAUCUCAAGUUGUGUACCCACACUAAAUCGACCACCACAAGCCGAUGCGGUGCAACGUGCACGUGAAGUGGAAGAUGUCCUCCGGGAAGCAGAGCUUUCAGCCAUCCGGAAUGUGGACAGAGCAGACCUUCGGGAGCUUCAGGAUCUUUUGGUGCAGCCACACUUCAGGGCACUGUUACAAGCGCACGACGUGGCCGGCCACGAGGUGUAUGGGGAGGAGGCAAUAAGGGUAACACCGCCGCCCCUGCUUCCCUAUCUGAACGGGGGCGACGACCUGGAGGGACAAAACGGUGACCUAGACUUGGAAAACGUAACGCGAGUCAGAUUGGUGCAGUUCCAGAAGAAUACGGAUGAGCCUAUGGGAAUCACGCUUAAGAUGAACGAAGAUGGGAAAUGCGUCGUGGCGCGAAUCAUGCACGGCGGAAUGAUUCACAGACAAGCGACGCUUCACGUUGGCGAUGAGAUUCGAGAAAUCAAUGGAGUACCGGUUGCCAAUCAGUCGGUCAACGCCUUACAAAAGAUACUUCGGGAGGCUCGAGGAUCCGUGACAUUCAAAAUUGUGCCGUCGUACAGGAGUGCGCCACCCCCCUGCGAGUUGUUCAGGAUUAAGCCUCUGAAAGUGUUAAUUUUCGUACGUGCCCAAUUCGACUACGAUCCUUUGGAAGACGAGCUGAUACCAUGCGCACAGGCUGGAAUCGCUUUUCAGACUGGUGAUAUAUUGCAAAUCAUCAGUAAGGAUGAUCAUCAUUGGUGGCAGGCACGAAAGGACAACGCGGCUGGAUCCGCAGGUCUGAUACCUUCGCCUGAACUCCAAGAAUGGCGCACUGCCUGUAUAGCUAUGGAGAAAACUAAACAGGAACAAGACGCCGAAGGGGAAGGAGGAUGUUCUUCUCACACGGAAGGAUGCGACGGUUCGACAGUAAAUUGCUCAAUAUUUGGCCGCAAGAAGAAACAGUACAAGGAUAAGUAUCUUGCGAAGCACAAUGCAGUUUUUGACCAGCUGGAUCUGGUUACGUAUGAGGAGGUUGUGAAACUCCCCUUAACAGAUCCCGCCUUCCAACGUAAAACUUUAGUACUCUUGGGAGCCCAUGGCGUUGGCCGUCGCCAUAUCAAAAACACCAUCAUCGCCAAGCAUCCUGAUAAAUAUGCCUAUCCUAUUCCGCAUACAACGAGGCCUCCGAGAAACGACGAAGAAAACGGACGCAACUAUUAUUUCGUAUCGCACGACGAGAUGAUGGCGGAUAUCGCUGCAAACGAGUACCUGGAAUACGGAACCCACGAAGAUGCUAUGUACGGUACGAAACUAGAGACCAUACGUAAGAUCCACGAGGAAGGUAGAAUGGCUAUUCUUGACGUGGAGCCCCAAGCCCUGAAGGUUCUGCGAACUGCCGAAUUCGCGCCGUACGUCGUCUUCAUAGCUGCACCAGUUUUACAGAAUAUGACCGAUUACGACGGCAGCCUGGAACGGCUGACGAAGGAGUCGGAAAUGCUGAAACAGGCGUAUGGACACUUCUUCGACCUGACGAUCGUAAACAACGACAUCGAGGAGACGAUCGCGCAAUUGGAGGCGGCGAUCGAGCGGGUACAUACAACACCACAAUGGAUUCCUGUGUCUUGGGUCUACUGACAGCGGUCUUCGCCGACCCACGCGGUUACGUCGGACUGCAAUGGCUCGUCCAGGUUGAAGCAGUGAUGGCGAAAUAAAUAAUCUCGUGUAUCAAGGCUCCUCUUUAAACGGGUCUAAUCGAUCCGAUAACCCGUGAUGCCGUGAAUCCGUCAUGAAGAGUGACGGAAGCACGGACAUUAGACCAAUCAAAAUGAAGUCAUCCAAGAGACGACGACUCCAGUGACUGUGGCCGCGUGUUCAUGAUUAAUAUUAAAAUAACUUACACAACAGAAGAAACGAUCCUAUUCGUGAUUAAUGCCGAUUAAUCAAGCUUCGGAGAAUCAGGAGAAAAAUGGAUGACGCGCGCCUUUUACUUUAUGCGCCUUAAUCAAUUCUUAUCGGCCGUCGUAGCAUCGACUAAUUCACAUGGGGAAUUACAUUCCUUAUUAAUAACUCAUUAAUUCCUGAGACUUUGAUCGUUCCUCGCGGUACAACCUUUGCGCGGUCUCUGGAGCUACUACGACUGAUUUAGGAAGCCCUGGGGCAAGGGUUUUAAUUAUGAAGUCCUUUACGAAAAGACACUUUAAUCGAAGGUUCAGGCAACAACACUCUACGAGACAUUGCGAUUGUUUUUUUUCGCAAUCAUAGAAUCGCCUUACGCCACGAUGCAUACUCGAAUUUAAUUUAAAAGCAGAUGGUAACACUUAGCUGGAAAUUAGGCAUGUACUGUGAUCUCACCAUAAUCAUCGAAUGGAUGACGGAAAAUGACUAAGAGAAUGUGUCUCAGGACGAGAUAUAUUGCUGUACAGAUGAUAAGGAUGAUGUAUGAUAUCCCGGUUAAGGUGGUUACCAUCGUCACUUGAACUUCCAUAAUUAACUAUCUUUAACUAUUAGAUCGCCAUCAGCGUAACGGAAAGAAUUACGAGGCUUGAAUUCGUCCGAUAUUUACUGACCCACCGCAAUAACUACUUCUCAUAAGCCGCAGUCAAUCGCUAUACCGAUAUCCCGCAUUGAAUCAUCAAUGAAAAUCCACUCUCAGCGUGUGGUACACGGAAUAACACUGCGCGUACCUUAUUUUUUUAAAGUUUACCAUGAACACAUAUGUUCCAUUUUCCUUCUGAACUCCUAAGGCCACGAAGCUGACCUUGGACACCAGGAUUUAUAUGGGAUCACGCAUCAGUCACUUGCCUCGACAACCUUUGAUCUCGAGCAUUCACAUCAUUCUAUUAGUAAUUCGUUAUUCAUCAAAAGGUUCUCAUGAUUCCUGUCAAGGUAAUGACAGACUGAUGCACGAUGACCAUAUCAAGAGCCAUAUAGGUAUAGGGACGGGCAUUAUACAUUCACGUGUACACGUACAUCCAUACACGCGCAAAUAAUACAUAACACAUAAGGGAAACUACCCAGACACCAUAAGACAUAAAAAAAGUAACAAGAAACCUAAGGAGUAAACCAUCUAGAAUCACCCGGUUCGCAUACCCUCGUACAAACGCAUAAUCGAAUGACGAAGAGACGCGGUUAUAUAGAUAUUUAUAACAUAACUCAAGUAAAUAGAUAGUUUACCAGCUAUAUAAAAAUUAACAUUAAAACAGGUUUAACGAAUAGGUAAUUAAUUGUGUAACUAAUUAAUAAUGAAUUACUAGAAGACUACUAGAAAUUUGCAUACGCAACCCGUAGGAAUGUCGGAGUGAAUGCGUGCACGUGCGGGCAUGGUGUGACGUGUUGCACCCCAAAUCUGUUUUACUUGCCUCUCGUAUUACCAAGUGCAGAACCCGUUCUAUUCUGUCGAUAUUAUCGUUCGCUAUAUUUCUUAUCCCGGCAUGAUAACUCGGCGCGGACUGGGCACGUUCUUCCCCUGACUUUAAACGCGUCUUCCCUUUACGAGAAAAAGCAGCUGUUACGAGUCCGUUAUUGUUACGUGGACGCCAGUCGAUUCUGAAUUUCAUUCGAGACGGGACGUUGAGCGUGUAUCACAGCAGCCGCGGGAUUACGAGGAAUCUUUAUGGCCCGAUCUAGGAAGGCCUUCCUAAAUAAUUCUUAGGUAAAGUUUUGAGCGGAGUUCUGAACAGGGUAUAGCGAGAAGCGCGAUUCGAUUUAUCGAAGGAAAAUGAUCGAUAGUCAUUAUAGUGAGCGGAGCACGUUGGUGUAACUACGAGUAUGCAUGAUGAUCGUCAAGCGCAUAAAUAACAAAAAAAAAAUGAUAAAAGAAAAAACAGUAAGUGAUUUUGUAACUUUUCUUAUAAGUUGUAGCUGCCAUAUCCAGUAAAUAAAUAAUAGGUGCGUUGAAUGAUGUCUAAUGAUGAUGAUAAUGAUGAUGAUGCUGAUAAUGGUAUUGAUUAGAGUGAUGCUGAUUAUGAUGAUGUUGAUGAGCGGUAAUGAUCGUAAUGAUCCUUACGUGCUGGCAGUAUGUAUCUUUAAAAGUGGAUGAGCUAAGCUAAGACGUUGAAAGACGACGGGUCUAAAGGAAACAAUAACAGUUCAUUAUAAUUAUGUACUUAUAAAUGAGAGGAAUGAAGAGUAUUAUAACACGUUGUUAAUUGAAUUAAUAAAACUAGCCCAAAGUAUCGAA